GGACUGCCUCUGACGUGCCCAUAAAAGGAGGCCUGCUUGUUGUUGUUCCCAUCCAUCCACUCUCAACUCUUCCUCAACCCAACUCUACACCAAAACAAACAACAACAACAAUGGGCCUCCUCGACUUCUUCAACGAGAACCAGGUCAACCAGACCCUCAACGCCGACCCCAGCAACCCCGACCACCAGGGCCACCUCUCGCACGAGCUCAUCGGCGGCGCCGCUGCCUUUGCCGCUGCCCGCGCGUACGAGCAGAAGCAGGCCCGCGACGGUGCGCCCCCCAACCACCAGCUCGCCAAGGAGCUCAUCGCCGCCUUUGCCGGCGCCGAGGUCGACAAGCUCAUCGAGACCAAGGGCCUCAACGCCCUCGACCGCGAGAAGGCCAAGCGCGCCGCCCAGCAGCAGGCUGAGCAGGCGCUCGCCCAGUCGGGCCAGUUCAACUAG